UGUACGUGCGGUUGUCAAAAACGCCAGUGGUGGAGGAAGAAGAAGAAGUGGAGGUUAAGGAGAAGGAGUAACGCCGAUUGUAAGAGAAGAUCGAAAACAACAGAAGAGCGAAACAAGAAAAAAUAACAGCUAGAUAAUAGAUGCGGAGUGUGCACAGGAUAAGAUUAAAAGUGUGGUAAUACGACUGGAAAAAGGGAUAUUUUCGGGAACAACGUAAUAGGAUAGAAGUGCUCGUUUCAUUGGCCCUCUUCACUUCUCUUUUUGGUAUUUAUUUUUUGCGUGCAAGUGGAAAAAAGGUUUUUCCCCACGACAGACGUACGGUGCGUUUGACACUUGUCAUUCCUUAAGUAGGGUAGGUUUUCGACUGCCCACUGUGAAUUCGCGAAUAACCCCCCAAAUUCGUGUGUUCGCCCUUGUCUUCGUCGGUAGAGUGUCUUCGCAACCGGGGAUCCUGCGAUACCGCUGACAACGGUUCCGGUUUUCCUGCGCGGGGGGAUAUCCCAAGUAAUAUGUACGAAGUUGAUUGAAGGAAAGACAGAGAUAAAUCAAGGGAAUAUCAAUCAAAAUGACUAUAGCUACAAGAGGACAAGGCAUACCAGGGGAUUCAUCAGAUAAUCAUAGUGUAAAUCCGGUGGUACCAGGUCCAGCCGACGUGCCAUGCGACAACAACAAUGUACAGCAGCAGCAGAACAAUGCACCAGAAAAUCCGGCCGAGCCUCAGUUUCCGGUUGAGAAGUUGGCGACUUUGGAUGAGAAGAUCUCCAAUCUGCGAUGGGUCGUGCCGGUUUUACCAGACCAAGAGCUUGAAAGUUUGCUGAACGCGGCGAUAGACCUGUGCAGACAGGGCGUGGACACCAGGUCCGAGGCAUGUCAGCGGUUCUUCCGCGAAGGUCUGACCGUUUCCUUUACGAAGAUCCUAACGGACGACGCCGUUUCCAGCUGGAAACCGAACAUUCAGGCGUGCAUCAACCACAAUUGCAUCAAGCUUAUAGAACUGUGCGUUAUAAAGCUACCGCACGACUGGUUUCCGCUGCUCGAUCUAUUAGCAAUGGUCCUCAAUCCCAACAACAAGUUUCACACGUAUAACGCAUCCAGACAGAGUGAAACGGUGGGCACAACCUCAAAUCUCUCCGAGGAGGAGCUCUUUGCCAGACCAUCGACGGACUUACGAAAUCCACGCGGAUGGUUGGUAGAUUUGAUCAACAAGUUUGGUGAGCUGGGCGGUUUCCAGCUGCUUCUGGAACGUUUUCAAAGCGGCAAGAACUUGACCGUGGCAAUUGUUUAUGCGCUACUGAGACCGUUUGGUCUGUCAUACGAGUGUCUCACGCCGCACACUAUCAACAAAUUUCUACUUCCCGUGCUGGAAAUGGUCCCGGAAAUCCUGGACAAGCUGAGUGACGAUGAGCUAAAACGCGAGGCGAAGAACGAGACGAAGAGCGAUAUCGUCUCGGCGAUCAUUAAGAGCUCCAAGAACCUGGCCUCACGCGUCUCCAAUCAGGACGAGUUAAUAAAAACGUUGGAGGGUUUCCGGCUGAAGAUGAUCCUCCGGCAGCUGCAGAUCUCCAGCUUCAACGGCAAGAUGAAUGCCCUGAACGAAAUCAAUAAGGUUAUCUCCAGCGUGUCCUACUAUCCUAAUAGACACCAGGGCGUCGAGGAGGAGGAAUUUCUAAAUCCCGAAAAGAUGGCCAAGUGGAUAAAUGAGAAUCGAGUGUUGGAAAUCGUGUUGAGGGAUUCGCUACAUCAGCCGCAAUACGUGGAAAAGUUAGAGAAGAUUCUGCGGUUCGUCAUCAAGGAGCAUGCAUUGAGCUUGAGCGAUUUGGACGCGGUGUGGGCGGCGCAGGUGGGAAAGCACGAGGCCAUCGUCAAGAACGUGCACGAUCUUCUAGCGAAAUUAGCCUGGGAUUUUAGUCCCGAGCAACUGGACCACCUGUUCGAGUGUUUUCAAGCGUCGUGGACGUCGGCAUCGCGACGACAGAGAGAAAGAUUAUUGGAGUUGAUCAGGAGAUUGGCAGAGGAUGACAAGGAUGGUGUAAUGGCACACAAGGUGUUGACAUUGUUUUGGAAUUUAGCACAUGAAGACGCACCGACGGAGAUCAUGGAUCAAGCAUUGACGGCGCACGUUAAAAUUUUAGAUUACUCCUGCUCCCAGGAGAGGGAUGCGCAGAAGACUGUGUGGUUAGAUAAAUGCGUGGAUGAGCUGAAAGGUGGAGAAAUGUGGGCUCUGCCUGCAUUGAAACAGAUCAGAGAGAUUUGUUGCCUGUACGAACCAUCGACCAACGGCAUUCUGCCGCAACGAGGCCAUCACAUGUUCUACAGGCAAGAGGUGAUCGAGCGUUUGCAAAACCAGCAUUCGCUCGUCAUUCUGGUCACUAAUAGUUUGACAUGUUACAUGGAUCACUUACGGAAUUUAAUCAAAGAAACGCCGGAGCUGACGAGCGAAACUUAUCUGCCGGAUGGUAGGUAUAGCCACGUGAUGCAAGUGCAGGAAAGACUGAACUUUUUGCGGUUCCUGCUAAAGGAUGGACAGCUGUGGUUAUGCGCAGAGCAGGCCAAACAGAUCUGGCAAUGUCUCGCAGAAAACGCGGUCUUCGCCUCGGACCGUGAAUCCUGCUUCAAGUGGUUUUCGAAACUGAUGGGCGAAGAACCUGAUCUAGAUCCGGGCAUCAACAAGGACUUCUUCGAGAACAAUAUCCUGCAGCUGGAGCCCACCCUGCUGACGGAGAGCGGCAUCAAGUGCUUCGACAGGUUCUUCAAAGCAGUCAACACAAGGGCGGGUAAACUGAAGAUCAAGCGACGUUCCCUUCUAACCGAAGAUCCUGAUCUCAUAGGUUUGGAUUAUUUGUGGAAGGUUGUUACAUUGUGCAACGACGACAUAGCGGCAAGGGCAGUGGAGCUGCUGCGAGAGGUCAGCACCAAUCUGGGGCCACGACUGAUUGGAUCUCAGAUGGACUUUCAUGAAAAUUACAUAACCGAGUGUUACGAUAGGUUGAGGGCGCACUAUGAUACGGUGACGGUGCUGCAGUCAUCGGAGACGACGGAGAUCGGUCAGCAGAUCGAGAAUAGGAUCAAGGCGGAGGCGGUGAAGAUGUGCAGGGUGAUGCAUGUACUGCACGAAUAUAUGAGCGAGUGCGACAACGGGUUCGUUGGAGAGAGAAAGAUACUUCCCUUGCACAGAGCCUGCAGAGGCAAACAUAUGGGGUUGAUCGUGAGGUUUUCAAGUCCAAAUCGACAAGUGGAAGACAUGGAGGUAUUCACACAUAGCAAUGAUACAUUGGCAUCUCUGCGACGUUACAUCCUGCGUAGAAUCAAACCAGGCGUACAUUGCAAGCUGGAACUGUACGUGAAUUCGGAACCACUGGAUGCGGCCGAUGAUAAAAAAUUGCUUUCUCAGAUCGCUCUCAGAGAUAAAGUGUUGAUCUUGGCUAAAGUCACGCAGGUCAACUCGAACAUGGCCUCGUCUCAGGACAGCAGUUCGGACAGCUCCACUUCUUCACCGCUGCACCCUUACGAUGGACCCAAUAUGGAAGCAGAAAACCUUCUACCGGGACUCUUGAUGUCCAUGCAACCAGUUUAUGCCCAAUUCUUUUGCCAACUAUCUGCGCUUGGAACCGCAUUGAACUAUCCGCCACUCAGAGAUAAUGGGCGGGCACUGCUGCAGUUGAUGCCCUGCGAUUCGAGCAUUAUUCAAAAGCUUUUGCUACUGUUUACUCCGACCCCUUCCAAUGAUCCGGAUAUAACGGUGGAGAACAUGUUCUUCAGUGCCACACCAUCGGAAGUCUUGUACAACUUGGAAGUGCUCUAUGUAUUGCUGAUGCCAGCGUUGGACCCGCUCUCAGAGAAAUCGUUCGAGAUCCAAUACAACUUUAUGGUUUCUGGAGAAGCGCAUUUGUUCCUCGAGAUGCUGACCCGUAACAAUUUCAUGUCAUCUGCAGACAUGGUAACCAAACGAUCGGCAUAUUUGGUGGUUCUGAAAAUUUGUAAGCUGAUCUUGACCAGCGUGGCUCAUGUGCUCGUGAAGCUGAGCGAAGAUCACACUCCUGAGAACGAGAAUUCGGGCGAAAACCCGGGGAAAUUCUUGAGGUUAUCGCUACGCGCUGUCCCUGGUCAUUCUGACCAAUUCAUAAGACAGGUCAGCCUGAAGGUCUCCGCCAAUUUGGCGGAGUUGGUUCUAGCGGACUCAUCGAGUUCCGGACCAGCUCCACAAGCACUCUUCAGUCAAGCAUUGAAUUGGGAAUUGCCUGAUGCAAACACGGUUCAAGCACUGAUAAGAUUAGUUUGGGCUGCAAGCAGUGCAAAUCUACACUCUCUUAACGCCACGCCGGAGAUGUUGCAUUCUCUCUGCGAUCCGACGAAAAGAAAUGCUCAGCUGGAGUUGCACGCCGACGACGUGCUACUGUGCAAGGAAGCAUUCGAGCUGUUGAGUAUGAGCUUGAUCCUGAAUCCGAGCAGUUUAAAAGAAAUGUGCACAGAAGAGCACCACCAUUUCCAACUGUUCCUCACCGACCUCCUUCUGCUGAAUCCGUGUCGAGCUGUACGUAUUUCGGCGGCCGAACAGUUCAUCAUUAUUUGCACGAACGGCGCUGCGAGCAGAACGGCACUUCAACUUAUUACACCUUUACUAUUUUCGCUUCUCGACACACUUGUGUUAGAGAAUGCCAAGACUUCACACGAAUUCUUCCAGGUACUCUGCCGAUUCGUGAGUUUCACUUACAAUACUACCAGCCCGCUGCCAGAGGCAGAAGGACUACUUGCAUCAGAAGUGGCAUGGCUAAGAAAGGCACGAGGUCAGCACGAUGUGCUUUUGGAAGGCCACCUUGGUCUCACCAGAGAGUUGCUGAGUUUCAUGUCACCCGAGCAAAAGUGCGAACUGGGCUCAACCGAUCGUGGCAGCUUCAUCAAAGAGUUGAUCGAGGAUUUCCUGUUUCCCGCGAGCAAAUUAAUGCUUCAGUUGCAGAGGACCGGACAAAUGGGGGAGGAUCCAGCUACGCCCAUUUGCGACACGCCGCAAACGCAAGCCGCCGCCUUUGAUCUAAUCAUCUCGCUGUGCAUAAGCUGCGUACCCAACUGUAAGCAACUGGUCAUUAUGUUGAAUGACAUGUUCUACUCGGACCAGGAGACGGCGAUAGUCGAUUGGGAUUAUUUUCCAUCCGUAGGUCCAAGACCGCAACAGGGAUUUGUCGGACUGAAGAAUGCCGGCGCAACGUGUUACAUGAACUCUGUGCUUCAGCAGUUGUACAUGGUGUGUAGUAUUCGGGAAGGAAUUCUUGCAUGCGAAGGAGCUGCUACCAAUCUGAACGAAGAUUUCAGUGGAGAAGACAGAAACGAGAUGGACAACGUGGAAUGCUGUGACGAUCGCGAUGAUAAUCGAAAGGACUAUAACGUAGGCAUCCUAAAACAGGUGCAGGCAAUUUUUGGACAUCUGGCCUGUUCCCGACUUCAGUACUACGUACCCAAAGGACUAUGGAGACAUUUCAAACUGCAAGGCGAGCCAGUGAAUUUGCGCGAACAGCAAGACGCCGUCGAAUUCUUCAUGGCUCUAGUGGAGAGUCUGGACGAGGCACUCAAGACGCUCGGACACGAACAGAUCAUGAGCAAGAUUCUGGGCGGCUCGUUCUCCGAUCAGAAGAUUUGCAAGGGCUGUCCGCAUCGAUAUUCGAAGGAGGAGCCGUUCAGCGUGAUCAGCGUAGACAUCAGGAAUCACAGCAGUCUGCCUGACUCGCUCGAGCAAUAUGUGAAAGGAGAACUGCUAGAAGGUGCAGAUGCAUACCACUGCGAGAAAUGCUCCAAAAAGGUAGUGACUGUAAAGAGGCUGUGCGUGAAGAAGCUGCCGCCGGUGCUGGGAAUCCAGCUGAAGCGAUUCGAGUACGACUUUGAGCGGGUUUGCGCCAUCAAGUUCAACGACUACUUCGAGUUCCCGCGUGACCUCGACAUGGAACCAUACACGGUUUCGGGGCUGGCGCGACUCGAGGGAGAGAUCAUAGACUGCGACAUAGAUCCAAGCUCUGUCGACGUCUGCACCAGAUACAGAUUGUCGGGAAUUGUGGUGCACUCGGGUCAGGCAUCGGGCGGACAUUAUUAUUCCUACAUAAGACACAAAGAUGCUAUCACCGGGGAGGGUAGUUGGUACAAGUUUGACGAUGGCGAAGUGUCCGAAUGUCGCAUGGGUGAGGACGAAGAGAUGAAAGUCCAGUGUUUCGGUGGCGAUUAUAUGGGUGAGGUCUACGACCCAAUGCUGAAGAGAACCACAUACAGACGUCAGAAGAGAUGGUGGAAUGCAUAUAUGCUCUUCUACACUCGUCUCGACAUCGAAGAAAAUGGAUUCAUCAACAAAUUAGCUACAUUGUCUUUGAACGAUGGCGAAAAGAAGGAGAUUGCGCCGCUGCUGAAGAUGCCCGUAGCUAUAGAGAACAGUAUCCGGCGGCAGAAUAUCAAGUUCCUGCACCAUCGUAGCCAAUUUUCGGCCGAGUACUUCUCGUUCAUUAGGAAGCUGGUGCAUGGAAACGCUCCUACGGGCACCCGCCUUAUACAGCCGCUUCCCACCGAAACGGAACGGCUCUGCAUGCUGAGCACCCAAUUAGCAAGCAAGUUCCUAUUUCACACCGGAUGGCACACCAAGAAGAAUCUGAGGGGUCCAGCCAUGGAAUGGUGUGAUGUUUUGUGCCUACAUCUGCGCGCUGCCACUUCGAUACGGACGUGGUUCGCACAGCAGAUGCUCUUCAAUUAUCCUCAUCGAUUCUGCGAGUACCUACUUAGCUGUCCCAGCAACGAGGUGCGAUCAGCCUUCAUUAAGAUCGUCGUGCUGCUGGCUCAUUUCUCGAUGAACGACGGCCCCAGUCCGUGUCCUGCCACUCUCAACAAUCCCGACCCCAAUGCCACCCUCAGCGAUCACAUCCUCUGGGCCCUUCUGGGUCUGUUGCAGCGCGAGGUCAGUGAACACGGACGGCACUUACCUCAUUACUGUAACGUGUUUCACAUGUAUGCUAGUCAAGGUCUUCAGGAGAAGGCUCAACUGUUGAGGAUGAACGUACCUGCUACGUUUAUGCUGGUGGCUUUGGACGAAGGCCCUGGGCCGGCCAUCAAGUUUCAAUACACCGAACUGGGAAAGUUGAACCAGGUGGUUUCGUGUCUGGUGAGGUGCUGUGACAUCACCUCCAAGUGCCAGUCCAGCAUCGGUGCACCAAUCCUGCCGAAUCCGUACGGUGAUCCUUCUUGCAGCGAGUACAUCAUGACUCUCUCGCCGCAGGCUUCCGAGGUCCUCUUCUCUCGCACCAGUUAUAUUAAAAAGGUGAUCGAGGAUUCAAACCUGACGGAGGAGUCGAUAAAACUGCUGCAGUACUGCUCCUGGGAGAAUCCGCACUUUUCGCGGACCGUGCUUUUGGAGUUGCUGUGGCAGAUCGCGUUCGCUUACUGUCAAGAGUUGCGCCAUCACAUCGAGCUACUCCUCGCCGUUCUGUUACUCGAGGACUCUUGGCAGACGCACCGUAUUCACAACGCAAUCAAGGGUGUUCCCGAUGAGCGGGAGGGUUUACUGGAGACCAUAGCCAGGUCGAAGAACCUCUACCAGAAGCGGGCAUACCAGUGCGUCAAGUGCAUGGUAGCCCUCUUCACGAAGUGCCGGCCUGCCUUGCAGAUCCUGCACUCGCAGGCCGACGUUCGAAAGCAGUGGGCAGAAGCUGUCGCGUGGUUGCAGGACGAGCUCAGCAAGAAGUGUGCGCCGAACUCGCAGUAUACCUACGCCACGUGGUCGCCUCCUGCUCAGAGCAACGAAAACUCCAAUGGUUACUACCUGGAGCGGUCGAACAGUGCCCGAAAAACCUUGGAGCGCGCCGUGGAGCUGAUGCCUGAGAGCGAACGUGAGGAAGGUUACAUCAGCGAAGAGCUGGAGUCCCAGGAGGAGGUCGCGGAGAACAAUGGCCAAGUGGAAGAGCAGCAGCAACCGCAGCAACAAGGACAACAGCAACCGCAACAAUUGCAUCAGCAGCAACAACCAUCGCCACCUCAGCAACAACAACAACCCACCACAUCAAGUAACAACGGCACGUCUUCGAAGAGCGGUCUGCCGGACGUCACACAGAGCUGUGAGAAUAUGCCCUAAAACAGGGUUAUUCGUUCAGUUGAUUAUUUCGUUUCGUUGUAAUUAUUUCUCCGUUAUCUGUUAACGCGCCGUUUGUAUUUUGUUCGAUUGAAGAGUGGAAGGCGUGGAAGGGUCGAUCGGUCUAUAGAGGCGGUUGCUCGCUUCUCCUCCGAAGCAAAACAGGUGGGUCGUACUUUACAUUACUACUAUUAAUUAUACAUAUAUAUCCAUAUAUAUAUAUAUUAUUAUUUUUCCGUUGUCUAUUCUUCUGUCUGUCUGUUGAGAAAGAUCGGGAGGACUUUGUGAUACAAUUGUAUAUAAUUAUGUAACGACGCAUUUUUGUGACUUUUUAUAAUGAACCGGGAUUUGCAUUUUUUUUUCGUUUCUCUUUGUCUCACUCUCUAUUUCUCUAUCUCUCUCUAUCUAAAUCUCAUUUUGUCUCGUGCGCCUUUCAAAAAUUAUUUUAUCAUUAUUUUUCCUUGUCCUAUUAAGGCGUUGAUUAAUUUUACUAUGCU